AGGAGUUCCGGAUCGACUUGUUUAGGCAAGCAACGAGGUCGUAGUAUUUCGCAGUAGUCCUAUUUAUAUCAGGAAGUUUUAUUAUCAGUGUAUACGUGACUACUUCCAUGACUAGGUAGCCACGUUAGCUGGAAGGGGAAAUGCCGAAGAAGGAGGAUUCGGCAAAGCCCUCUGGCCCCGACCCAGGGGGCGACGGGGAGACGGAAUUAAGAAAUCGAAAACAAGGUCGACAAAAACCUAAAGCAGAGCAAGCAAAAAAUAGAGAGCAAACAGGACAAGACACGCCAAGUGCACAAGGGUCACAAGCACCACCGCAACAGCAACCUCUGCCGCAACAAGUGCCAUACCAACAACCUGAUGUUAUCUACAUUCCUGCCAACAGGAUCAUAUUUGCCAUACCCAAGUGGAUAUGUUAUCCUGUCUUGGUGAUUUUAGCCAUUGGCUUUAUUGCCUUGGGAGGGUAUGUUGGAGACAGGGUGUGGAAGUAUUACUAUGGCAUUGCCCCAUGGGAUCCUGAGUCGGGACUUAAAAGUGUCAUUGGUGAGGCAGGGGUGGACUUUUUCCGUCAGUAUGACCGAGAUAUGGACGGAAAGCUGUCUCUGGAGGAAUAUGAGGCUAUGUACUACAGGCUGCUAGGAGAUGGUGUAAAUAUAACAGCAGUACCAGAGUACACACAGCUGAUCGAUGAAGACGAUGAAGUUUUGACGGCCAGAGCCAGGUUUCAACCUCUUCUGUUAGAAACCAUGACAAAAGAUUUCAAUGAAUCGUUCCUGUCUGAUAAUAUGGAUUCCCUGAUCGGGUUGAAGAAGUGGACAACUUUGACCCAAGAGUGGAAUAAUUUUGGUGCUCGACACUUUAAGGAAGCCUUUUUCCCAAGUGACCAAGCACUGCUUAGUCAAGUUGGAGAAGUUUACGACAUCUAUACUAUGGAUGAAGGGAUCUUUGCCAAAUUUGACAUGCAGAUGAAAUCCAGCAAUCGCUAUAAUCCCCCUAAGGUUGAGGACAGAUUAGUCCUCAUUCAUAGACUCCUAGCAAUGUUCCAUCCUCGUCCGUUCCUCAGAACCAGGUUUGCUCCUCAAGGAGCCAAAGCCACUGUGAGGGCAUUCAAUGACAAAUAUGUGGACAUUGUGUUUAGAAUCCAUGCAGAGUAUCAGCUGAAUGAGGCUCCAUAUUACCCAUUUUGGUUAACACCAGCUCAAUUCAAGGGCAAUCUAAUAAUAUCUCAAGAUGGCUCACACAUCCAGCAUUUUCACAUGUAUGUUCCCACAGACAAACGUCUCAAUAUUGACAUGGAGUGGUUGAAUGGUCCAGAAACAGAUGAGAACAUGGAGGUGGAUAUUGGCUUCAUGCCUCAGAUGGAGAUUAAAAUUUCUAGUCCAUCGAAGAAAGUCCCCAAGGAGGAUCAAGGGAAAGAACUGCCCGAGGAUAAAAACAUGGCUAAGACUGUCCAAAAUAUGAAAUGGACAAAGGAAAUAUCCAUGUACGAUGCUGAGAGGAAUCUAGAAAUAGCAUUUUAUCCUUUCAAGAAGAUUGUGUACCACAACUUCACAGAUGCAUUUGAAAUAGCCAAAAAAGAGAAUCGUCUGGUUCACCACAUCUUACUUUGGGGUGCGCUGGACGAUCAGAGUUGCUGAGGUUCCGGGCGUACUCUGAGGGAAACAGCCCUCGAGAGUACGCCCAUCCUGGCUCUCCUCAACGAGAGCUUUGUCAGCAGCUGGUCACUCGUCGCUGAUUUGAAGGAACUUGAGAAAGAUCCUCAUCAGCCUGAGUACAGCAAGGUAGCCGCCCACUUCCUGGAGAACUACAAGUUCCCAGUCAUGAUGAUGGUGGCCUUGCCUAAUGGCACCAUUCUCCACAAGGUCAAUGCCAAUGAGUUCAUGGAUGAGGGGGCAGACGGUGAAACGGAGCCCUCCCUGUUCAGUACUCUGGCUGGGACUUUUGGGGAAUUCAUCGAAAAAGUCAAUCCUAAACCCAAGAGAAUUACAGCUUCUAGUAGGCUAGGAGGACCUCAGGGGGACUCGAUGUGCCCCCGAUUAAAACAAGAUAUGGAAAAAUUCAAAGCAGAUGGAUUUAAUGGUCCACAAGAGUACCACUACAUGAAAUUCCUGCAGCAUGCAAUACAGAAAUCAGCUCCUUUCAUGCCCGAUGCAUUUUUUAGAACUGUGUAAAAAUAAUACUCACCACCCAUUAUCAACAUUGUCCAUUUUUGUUGCAGAUUUGAAGAUUCCCAUGCCUAUUACUACAAUGUUUUUCUGAAGGAGGGAAUUAAAAGGUCAAAAGAAUAUCAACCAUUUUCCACAUAAACUGCAAAUUCAACUUCUAUUUACAACUCACUGGAGCUUGUAUAAAAUUUAAAUGUAUUAAUACUGUAAGUUUUAGCGUUUUAGAUUCUAAAUAAUUCUAAUCAAACUUUAAUCUUACAGAGAAAUCCAGCAAAUUCAAUUGCCAAAAGCUUUUUGUUGUCUCUUUUUAUGUACAUUUUAAGAAUUCAUAUGUAUGUGAAGCCCUCAUAAUUUAUUAUUGUAUAAGAUUUCUACAAUCAGGGUAUUGAACACACAAUGCUGGACAUGUGAUAUUAUAGUAAAUUAUAUUUCCAUCAGCUAUGACAGAUCUCAUUUAUCACUGUUAAUGCUAGGAGGGAAUUUUAUCAAUUUAUGAAUUUUUAUUAGAUGUAUUAAUUUACUUUUAUGCUUUUUUCCUAUGUGCAUAAUUUUGUUCUUUAUUUUUAUCUACUUCAUAUUAUGUGAAUUUUAUGAUUAAUAUUAUGAUUUUACAUCCAUAAAGUAGAUAUUUUCAAAUUGGUAUAAUAUUACAGUAAAGCAUUUUGCCAUGUCCUUAAACAGUUUGUUGAUCAUGUCUUACAUUUAGAAAAUUUAACAAUUUACAGCUACCUUAAAAAUAUUUGUCAAAACUUUAGAACGUUCACAAAGCCAACAAUUCAAUCUAUAUCAUGUAAUAAUUUACCACGAUAGUUUUUAAUGUAAUUCAAGAAGAAUGUUCCUCGUACAUGCAUAUUAUUAUUAUGGACUAUAAGUUUUCUGUUUUAUUGAUAAUUUGUGCUGAUGUUAUCUGUAAUGAAAGCUUUGUCUAAAAGUUUUUUGAACUUGACUUGGCUGGAGGAAUGAUAGUGGGCAGACAACUCAUCAUGGACAGAAAAAUUAUAGGCAAUAACUAUAUAUGACAUGUACCUGUUAACAAUUCUUCAUAAUUAUCUAUUAAGUAUCUUGCUAGAAGAUGUGCUGUGUGAUUUGUAACCAGAAUGAGCCUGUGAUUUUACUUUCUUAAAUUACUGCUUUAUUUCUUGUAAUAAAACUUUGAAAAGUA